AAAUCCCCCACAUUCCUGGACCCUCUUCGCAUCCCCCACUUCACAUCACGCAGUUUCCACAGCAAGAUACCAACUUAGGUGCCUAUUUAUCAAACUUGAUUGAACGACCAUAAUCUUUCAUCAAACUCUGCGUCACAAAAGCCACCAUGAUUCUGCAGGACCCCCUCGGCCCAGCUGCCGUGCUGCAGUCAAUGGCCAAGGUCCUCCCGAUCCAUCAGAAGGGCGACGCCACCUCCGACCUGAGCACUUCACUUGACUGUAUCGCCCUCUUCGUCCACGCCUGCAUGGCCAACUUGGGUUUCACUUUGGUCGGCUUCAACGAAGACCGAAACAUUGAGGACGAAUGUGCCCGCCACGCGCCCCAUUUACUAUCGCGAUGGAACAGGUCUCUCAGCUCACACGGCUUCGUUUACACCCACGAUAAAUCCUCGGCGCGGUUCGUGCUCCACGUAGACCGUCUAGCCGGCAAGGUUGAGGUCCGCGGCCUGGCCACCAACGACGAGCAGAUCGCCCGCUUCGACAUCAACGCCCGCGACUACGUCAAUACCUCCGCCCUACCGCUGCGUAUCACCCUCACCUCCGACGGCGAGGAGGACAGGAGCGACCUCGUCGAAAAGCUCAAACCCAUCUACAUUUCCGACGACCGCAUGAAAGACCUCUCCCGCCUCCUCAAAACCACCCUCAUCCAACAGUUCGACCCCAACCUCCAAGAAGAAGGAGGCGACGACACCAACACGCCCCUCCGCCGCAGCACGCCACCACCGCAGCAACUCCAGCAACAACCCCCACGACAGCACGAACCACCCCGUCCCUCCCUCCCAGCGCAGCUGCCCGAGCCUGCCGUGCCCCACCCCUACCCAGCACCCGACCCGCUCGCGGCCCCCCGCCCGGCGCCCGCAGCCGAUUUCCCCCCGCCCGGCUUCGAAGACGAGUACGAAGUGAACCGCCCCGCGCGCGGGCCGCUCGGCGGCGGCCAACCCGCUGGUCCGGGGUUCGGCGGGUUGGGACACGACGAUCUCUACCCGGCCGGUCUCGGCCCGCACGAUCCCAUCACGGGGUCGUUCACGGGCGGCGGGGUCGGGCCCGAAGGGCUGCGGCAGCCAGGUGGGAACGUCCGUGGUGGUGGUGGUGGUGGUGGGGGGUUUGGAGGGUUUGGAGGUGCGGGCGGGAGGGGUGGGGGGAUGCACCCUACCUUUGAUGACCCCAUCUUUCAGGGCCCGGGGGCGCGAGGAGGAGAUGGCACGUUUGGUGGGCAGGUGCCGCCUGGGGCGAGGUGGGAUCCGUAUGGCCCCGGGGGACAGCCGAGGUUUGGGGGACGGGGUGGCGGUGGAUCGGGGUUUGGGGGUGGGUUUGGUGGGUUUGGUGGGGGGGAUAUCAUCUAAAUAUGUUGGGUGGUGAUUUCUUUUUUCUUUGUUUGAUUAGGGAGGAUGAGACUGAUUUAGCGUGAGUGACGGAAGUAUGGCAGGGGAGGGGAGGCGGGUAACUCGGCUCUAGGUUGUUGAUGCAAGGCCGAGGCGAGGAUCGUAUUUGGAUUGUAUAAUACCUACGGUUAGUUUGUUCACAGCAACGAGGGAAUGCCACACUGAAUCCCCGAUCAAG